CUCGGCGCGGCAGUGGGGGCGGGUCGCGCAGGGCGGGCAGAGGGAAGGGAAGAUGGCGGAGGAGGAGAAGCUGCCCGCGGGGUGGGAGAAGCGCAUGAGCCGCAGCUCCGGCCGCGUGUACUACUUCAACCACCUGACGAACGCCAGCCAAAAUGGGAAUGCCGGGAAUACUGGGGGGGGUUACAUCCAGAAGAUCAAAUCAGGAGAGGAGGAUUUUGAGUCUUUGGCUUCGCAGUUCAGCGACUGCAGCUCGGCCAAGGCCGGAGGGGACCUGGGAGCGUUUGGGAGAGGGCAGAUGCAGAAGCCAUUCGAGGACGCCUCGUUCGCGCUGAGGGCCGGCGAGAUGAGCGGCCCGGUGUUCACCGAGUCCGGCAUCCACAUCAUCCUCCGCACAGAGUGAAGUGCCUUCCCGGGAAUUCCGUG